CCCCCUGCGCCUGGUCUCAUGGCGCCGCCACCACGGCCGCCGACCCUUCGCUCGCAGCCUCAACCGCCGGCCGGGUCACCAUUUCUCUCCCCCGCACCCGGCCGCCUCCUUCCCCCAAGCAAGCAAGUCGUCCUUCAACCGGGCCACUCGCCGCUUGACUGGGCGCGGAUCACGGGGCCUGGAGCAAACCUGCGGGGCCUGCCCAAUAACUGCCCAUAUCUCCGGGUGACGCCCAGUAUGCUCCGGCGGCAGACCGGACGCAAGGGCACCGAUGCCUGGACGGUGCUAGGGGGCCGGGUCUACAAUAUCAGCCCGUACGUGCCCUUCCAUCCAGGCGGGGGGCCUGAACUACUUCGGGGGGCUGGCAAGGACGGGACUCAGCUCUUUGGUGAGAUUCACCCUUGGGUCAACUACGAGGGCAUGCUCUCUGCUUGCCUUAUUGGCCUAUAUGUGCCCGAAGAACCGCCAAAGGACGACGAGGGCGAC